CUACUUAGCCCCAUGGCUCCUUGCGGUGGCCAUGUCGUGCCAUGCAUCUGAAUCUUUCAUCACCCCGGCUGGCUGUCUUCAAUGUGAUGACGCUGCGUUGGCUUUGUGUUUGCCUACAAUCAGCGGCUGUGCCAGCCGCGCUUCUGUGUUUCAUUCUUGUAUGCCUUGGCGGCCUUGGAGGCCUAGAUGUACCGACUCCGACCACUUCACCAGAUGUGACCGCAGGUCAGACCACAACUUCAGGGCAAGCUGCCAAAGAAGCAGCACAACAUAGCAUCAAAGCGAGCACAGUCUUGGAAGAUGGAGUUGCACAGUUUCUGCAGCGCUGGCCGGCUGUGCGCUUGGAGCACCACAACCUGAAACCAUCCGAUAUGGUUCAUUACAACAUCACCUGCAAGCCCAAAGUUUGGCUUCUUCUUUCCAGCCUUUACCGUUCCCUGAAGUUUGUCCGUCCAACCAUGCUGGACAUGCUUCGGCGAUCGGCCGGGGAUUGUUGGUUUGUGACGCUGCUGGUUUCUAGUGAAAAGGGAACCCAGCGUGAGAUUUUGGAAGACGACUUCCAGUUUUUCGAGAGACGGCUUGGCUUCCUAUCUGUGACGCGCCAUGGUGAGAGCAAAGGCAUAAGCGGCAAGGCCUACAUGUACCCCGUGCAUUGGUAUGGUUGCUGGCUGAUCGCUCAUGUGAUUCGAGAGUCGCUGCCUGCCGUGGUUGGUGAUCCUGGAAGCACCGUGGUGCUUAGACACCGACCGGACGAGUGCUUUCGCCGCUGUUUCGAUGCCGAUGCUGCAGGAGAGGUGUUCGCUAAGUGGCGCUAUUUAAUUCUGGGGCAAACUAUCUCCGGGGACAACGGCCUCACAACCAACUGGGCGACCUACAGCGGCAUCAUUGCAGCCGGUUUCAUACGAAGCAACGCCACGGAUCCCAUGUUUUACAUGGCGGCACUGAGCAGCAGCUGGAGUUCACAUGAGUAUUGCCAUGGCCUCGUUUAUCCGAGGGAAUGUAUGGGAGAGAUUCCGUACUGCCGCGUGAAUGGUAACAUUCCUCCAUGUAGGCCUCCUAUUUUCAUCAGUUGGCAGCAGCAUUGCCUUUGUCGCUUGAACAAGGAUGCUUCAAGAUCCUUCUGUAUUGACAAAAAACCGCCAGACCUCCCGGUGGAAACACCAUGUCUGCAGAUCACCAAGGAUGCCAAGUGCAUUUUGCCCCUAGCUGGAGCUGAAAGUUUGCCUCCAGCAUUGCGGCCGCCGAGCCAUCAACUAGAAGGGGGCGUUAGAAAAUUCAAAAUUGAAUACAUGAGGCCGAGGAAGGGCUAUCAGGAGUGCAUCAAAGGUCGUGACCUCAAUGAGACGAUGUAAAUCCUGGCUGAGCUCGAAGUGACCAAAGAGCGGGAGAAAAAAGAAACACC